GGAGGUGAGUUAGUUAGCGUGCGGGUUGUUUUGUUCGUUCAGCUCGCGCCUCUAAACCACCACGCGCUGCCCUCUCGAAUACCAAUUAACCUCAAACUGUCAUAUUUUUGAGGAGUGGAAACAACGCAUGUUGCUCACCUCGUUGGAUAACGUCAAUAAAGUAUUUGAGUCGCCCUGGUUACAUUACUGUGAGUCACGUGGGGUGGCGGUUAGUCAUUUAACAGUUUCCAGUUUAUUAGGUUAACGACCCACUUAAUAAUGCGUUUAUGAAGGCUACAAUGUUAUAAAUAGGCUGAGGAUGAAGAUCGCUGUACUGGGAGCCACUGGGCAGACUGGACAGUAUCUGGUCAACCAGGCACUGCAGCAGGGCCACACGGUCACCGCCAUCGUCAGGAACCCGGGAAAACUCGGAGUGCAUCAUGAUAAUCUCAAGGUGGUGGAAGCUGAUAUUUUCUCAGCAGACAGUCUGAAGGCUCACUUCAGAGGACAGGAUGUGAUCCUGUCCUGCCUCGGCUUCCAGACCUCCUUCUUCUCGGCGGUGACGGGCUACAGCCUGUCCAUGAGGAGCGUGAUCGGCGCCAUGCGAGAGGCCCGGGUCAACCGGAUCAUCACCAUGACCUCCUGGUACACCGAGCCCGCGUCCGGAGUGCAGUCGCCUUAUCUCAUCCGCUUCCUGCUGCUGCCGAUGAUCCGGAGAGUUCUCACCAACAUGCAUGAGAUGGAGCAGUUUCUGCACAAGACCGAGGACAUAACCUGGACUGUGGUUCGUCCACCUGGUCUUAAGAACCUGUCGGCCUCAGCUCAAGAGAUUCUGACCCAUGAGGGAUACUUUGUGCCCGACAGCAGGGGUUACCCUGCAGGCAGCGCAGUGGGAAGAGGAGACGUGGCUCGCUUCAUGCUCUCUCUCCUCAACAGCAACGCCUGGGUCAAGAAGGGAGUCGCCAUCGCUACCAAAUGAGGAAGAAGAAGCCAACGCUGGCAUUAAUCAACAGUCAGUUCACCCACAUUACAAACAAAUAUAUAUUUACUGACGCAUAUCUGGUGAUAUCUAGCCUUUGAGAUGCCCAAUGCAACAGAGGUAAAUUGAAGUUUUGUUUUUGAAUUUACAGUCCACAAUUUGACUGUUUUUAUUCACCUCUCGCGACUCUUGUCUGACUUGUUCCAGGAGCAGCCGGUCGCUGUUUUCCAGGACGUAGCUCUGAUAAAUCCACUGUACACUACCUGACCAAAAAGCAGACAGGCAGAGUUGGUUAAAAGGAGAAUAAAUAUUGGACUUCAUCAUUAAAACCAGAAAUACAACUCCAAAUAAAUGCCAAUGUUGCUCUGUAUCUACUCGAUGUGUAAAUAAGGAACCGUUGCGAACACGUUCCCCAAAACAACUUCAUAUGGUGAUAAAAUGUCAAUGUUGUGCAUGAAUGAUCAAACAAUAAAUUAUGACUCAAUAUACAUUAUGUUUCCAUUACUCUAGAUAAUCCCACACACAGUUUUCACUGGAACUUUGAGAAGAACCAGUUAAUUAUGCAGAAUCAGCCCAAAUAGCAAAAGCUAUCUUCAUGGUUAGAUUCCACCAUUCGGUUCAACCGGCCCUUUAACUAAAAGUCCACUUUAUGCCUUUGUAGUUUACUACUGGAUAUAACUGUGUAUAUGCCUUAAACAGCCUAACAUGUCCGAUUAAUAUAUGUUUAUUUAGUCUUGUUCAACAUAUUCUUGUUUUAUACCAUUGAAUUAUCAUCAGUGAUAACCAAUUAGUUGCUCAGGGCACUUACACUCGUGGAAGUACAUGAUUUCAUCCACACGAGGGCAGUGUUAUACCAACAGCACGUGCACAAUGUGCUCUUUA